CAACGAUUUCUAUCAAACAGGUUUUAGAAUUGAUAUGUACCAGAGAAGCAGGUUCAGUUUUCGAUGCUGGUGGAUUAAGCUGCAUAUUGCCCUUCAUUCGCGACAACGGCCAAAGAGUACACAAGGAUACUCUACAUUCGGCAAUGGCGGUGGUUUCCAGAUUGUGCACGAAAAUGGAACCGGCCGAUACACAGUUACCAACAUGUGUAUCCGCCCUCAGCACCUUGUUGAGACACGAGGAUUCGCACGUUGCAGAUGGCGCACUGAGAUGUUUUGCUUCUGUUGCAGACAGAUUCACUAGGAGAGGCGUGGAUCCAGCUCCACUUGCACAGCACGGUUUGGUGAAUGAACUCCUCAGUAGACUUUCAAGUGCUGCUGGUCCUACAACUGCUAGUGGAACACAAGGCACUCCAGGUAAACCAUCUGCCACAUCAGCCGCUGCUGCAACAUCAGAUUCCAAAGCCAACGCAGCUUCUGUUUCUACAAUAAUUAGCCUAUUGUCUACAUUAUGCAGAGGGUCUCCCACUAUAACAUAUGAUCUGUUGAGAUCUGAACUACUAGACGCCAUCGAGAAAUCCUUAAAAGGAGAUGAACGUUGUGUUUUGGAUUCAAUGCGGCUGGUAGAUUUACUCUUGGUACUGCUCUUUGAAGGUCGCAAAGCCUUAGGAAAAUCUGGCGGAUCUUCUGGUCAACUGAUGCCCAGGAUUAGGCGAAUGGAUUCAGCAGCAGAAAAGUCACAUAGACAACUUAUCGAUUGUAUCAGGUCCAAGGAUACGGAUGCAUUGAUUGAAGCUAUCGAGAAUGGAGGAGUUGAAGUUAAUUUCAUGGACGAUGUUGGGCAAACACUCCUGAACUGGGCCGCAGCUUUCGGUACUCAAGAAAUGGUCGAAUAUCUCUGUGAUAAGGGAGCUGAUGUUAAUAAAGGACAACGCAGUUCCUCACUGCAUUAUGCGGCUUGUUUCGGCCGUCCGGCUAUAGCAAAGGUACUAUUACGCCAUGGAGCAAAUCCCGAUUUGAGGGAUGAAGAUGGGAAGACGCCUCUGGAUAAAGCCAGAGAGAGGGCUGAUGAAGGACACAGAGAGGUGGCGACAAUUUUGCAGAGUCCAGGGGAGUGGAUGGUUCCAGUUGAUAAAGAAAGAGCUAAAAAAUCAGAGUUUGAAAGUGAAGAUUCAAUAGAACCUCGGGGUGAUCCAGAGAUGGCUCCCAUUUAUCUUCAAAGAUUGCUGCCGGUAUUUUGUAUGACUUUUCAGUCGACAAUGUUACCGAGCGUGAGAAAAGCUAGUCUGGGAUUGAUAAGGAAGAUGGUUCACUAUAUUCAGCCUAACCUUCUGGAAGAAUUGUGCGCUUUAGAAUGUAUCCCCAAUUUUGGAACGCAAGUUGUUGAAGUUAUAGCAACUGUUUUGGAUAAUGAG